AUGAAACGGAAGUUCUCCGCCAAGGAGCAAUCUCUUUCUUCCCAGGCUCCCAUUGAUGCAGAAGCCCAUGACGCCACCUCACCAAAAGAAGAGACAGUCGACCCGGAUGACCUGUGUCCCAUCUGCCAUUCACUCAUCUACAAGCCGGUCCGAACCAGAUGCAAUCAUACUCUGUGCCAGUCUUGUAUGUCCCUGUGGGCAGAUGUGUCAGUUACGUCCCAAUUGACAGCCGUCGGACUCGACGAUGAGGUGGCUGUCAUGCUGCCUCAUGAGAUCGAAACCCGUUGCCCCAUGUGUCGAACGUUCACCAUCUCGACCCUAGAUCCGACUAGAGAACGAGCGCUUCAGCGGUUGUAUCCCGCUUCCUACCAGGCACGUGAGGCCGAGUCCCAAACAGCCGAGGAAGAUGGUUCUGCCUCGACCAUUGAGACGCUGACCAUUCACAUCGGAAACGAGCACACAGAAGUCAGAGCCGAACAGGGGUCGAACAACAAGCAUCAUUGGAAGUUCUUCAUCCGACCUUCGAGAACUGACUUGAUUGAGGAAGUCCAAGUGUUUCUGCAUCCUACGUUUAGAAAUCCGAUAGUCGUUAUUGAAUGGCCCCCGUACGAGAUCAGACGACUCGGAUGGGGCUAUUUCACCAUCUACGCCAAUAUAAUCCUGAAACCCGGGUACAGUUGGGUGAGCUCUGAGGCAGAAGGUACCCGAGACGGCGCACCCAAGGGCAAGUUGCCGCUUGAAUGGACGCUGGACUUUAAUGGCCGUGGAGCGCAAGCACGGAUCAGACUCAAAGUCAGAAAGGAGAAGGAAGGUCAGGAAGCGGAGCUGGACAUGCAAAGAGAACGCGUUCGCAGAUCUUACGCGCGACAACGAGAGACAGAUCCUGAUUGGGAAGAUUCGUGA